AUGAUAAAGCACGAAGAUGGAGCAAAAGAACGAGAGGAUAGUGCCAGUUAUAAUUGCAUCUACAAACAGCCCCCGGUACAGCCACAGCAGCAAUUUACCCCCGAGUCACUGACAAGUAGUGCUGAAUACGGCUACAGCCACCGCCCGAGCAAAUCCCCCUCAAGCAGCCAAUUGUUUAAGAAAUUCCGAUUGCAUUUGCAGCGUUGGCGCGACAGCAUGGGUGUCGAUAAAGAAGCGAAAUACGAUAGGCAAUUGCGACUCUGGGCCGUGUCGGGCCAGCUGAACUUGGAGAACAGCUCCAUUUGUCUCGUUAACGCAACCUCCACCGGGUGCGAGAUCUUGAAAAACUUGAUCUUACCUGGGAUCGGCAGCUUCACCAUCAUUGACAAUUCCAAAGUCAACAAGCUGGACUUGUCGUCGAAUUUCUUUUUGAAGACGAAUGAUGUCGGCAGAAAGACGGCCGAGUGCGUCAAGCGCAAUCUAUGCGAGUUGAACUCCGAGGUUAAAGGCUUGGCCAUCACCGAGUCCGUUGAAGAGAUUUUGAGCAGGGACAAGUUGGGCAAGUUUUGGGACCACUUCAAUUGCGUCGUUGUGAGCGAUUACGUCGCGUCGCUUCAAGAGUUGAUUGACAUUUUGUGGUCAAAGCGAAUACCCGUGAUGGUUGUCAACACCAUUGGCUUUUACGGCUCGUUGAACUUGUUGUCGAACGAAACCACCGUGAUUGAAACCCACGACCCCUCGAAAUUGUACGACUUGAGAAUCGACAAACCGUGGAAGGAGUUGCAGGAGUACUCCGACGCGUUUGAGUUGGACAAGUUGGACGACCAAGAGCAUGCUCAUGUGCCCUAUAUCGUCCUUUUCAUCAAGGCCUUGAGCCAUUGGAAACUGCAGCAUGCGGGCAACCUGCCAACCACGUAUCAGGAGAAAAAAUUGUUCAAGACCUAUAUCGAGUCCCUAUCGAGGAAUAUCUUGUUGGAGACAAACUUUGCAGAAGCCGUGGAAAAAUGCCAUCGUGCUUUCCAAAAGACGCUGGUCCCUGAAAGUAUUUUGAACUUGAUUGAACUCAGCGACGCCGACUCCUGGCAAUUAUCGUCCCACUAUUCCAUCUUUUGGCUCUUCAUUGCGGCUUUGAAACAGUUCCUAGCCAACAACGACAACAUGUUGCCCUUGCCUGGUAAUUUGCCCGAUAUGGCCUCAAACUCGGUCAACUACACCCUCUUGGCCAAAAUCUACCGCGAUAAAGCGCGCAGGGACCAACUUGCCUUCACGAAGGAAGUCCACAGUAUCCUUGCUGCUCAAGGCAAGCCCCAGGACUUGGUCUCGCAGGAGUCGAUUGCAACUUUUUGCAAAAACACCCAGCUCUUGUUCGUCGCCAUUGGCUCGAAAAGUUUGAACUCGCUGAAGUUUCUCGAGCAGUUUGAAAACGAAUCGAGCGACUCCUUGAGCAUCUACAUGGGGAUACUAACCUACAAUGCGUUCAUUAAGCAGUACCAUUCCAAACCGAGCUUGGAAAAUAAGAAUGAUUUCAUUGCCAUUUACCAAGAGCUAAUUAAUCCUAAUGCCACAACCCCAAUCAGCGACACCACAGAAAGGAUCUUUGAAGAGAUUUUGGUUCAUAAUACUACAAAAUAUCAUAAUUUGAGCAGCUUCAUGGGCGGGGUUGCCAGUCAGGAGAUUUUGAAGUUGACAACGGCGCAGUACAUUCCGUUGGACAAUUUGUUCGUGUUUGAUGGGAUCAAAUCGAGCAGCGAACGGUUCAAAAUUGAGUAA